AAUUUGAGAAGUGAAAAAGUGAACAGAUAAAAGAAAUUUUAUUAAAUUUUAAAUAAAAUAAAUAAAAAGUGUUAAAUUUUAUGAAAAAUUCAAUGAAAUUAAGAAAUUUCUAAUAUUUAAAGUUUAAAGAAAAAGGGCAAAUAUAAAUGAAAUAAGUGCAUGUUGUAGAAAAGUCGUGUUGAAAAAAUUUUUGUCCAACAAGAAAGAAUAAAAAAAAAUUAAGAAAAACAAAGAGGAUUAUAAGAUAAAUACAAAAACCACCAACAAAAAAUAAAUUAUAUAGAUAUAAAAGAUGUCAACAGGAAGACCCAUCAAAUGUGUUGUCGUUGGCGAUGGUACUGUCGGCAAGACAUGCAUGUUAAUAUCAUAUACCACAGAUAGUUUUCCCGGUGAAUAUGUGCCUACAGUUUUCGACAACUACUCAGCACCCAUGCAAGUAGACACAAUACAAGUAUCACUGGGUCUAUGGGAUACAGCCGGGCAAGAGGAUUACGAUAGACUACGGCCACUUUCAUAUCCACAAACGGAUGUAUUUCUGAUAUGUUUCUCAGUGGCGAGUCCAUCAUCGUUUGAAAAUGUAACCUCAAAAUGGUAUCCCGAAAUAAAACAUCACUGCCCCGAUGCGCCCAUUAUAUUAGUUGGUACCAAAAUUGAUUUACGUGAAGAUCGUGAAACGCUUAGUGCUCUAUCUGAACAAGGCUUAGCGCCUUUGAAACGUGAACAAGGACAAAAAUUAGCAAAUAAAAUACGGGCUGUUAAAUAUAUGGAAUGUUCAGCUCUAACACAACGAGGCCUAAAACAGGUAUUCGAAGAGGCUGUGCGUGCCGUCUUAAGACCUGAGCCCCAAAAACGACGUCAACGAAAGUGUAUAGUUAUGUAAAAAUAUAUUCUUAAUGUUUAUAUUAACAAAUCUCCUACUUUUCUUCUCCAAACUCCUCUUGAAAAAAUCUCCACAACUUCGCCUCUCUCCCUACAAAAAAUUUUUGGUUGUAUUUUUGGUUUGUGUCACCUGUAUGUAUGUCUUACUUUAAUUUUUUUUAUUAAAUCUUGAGCAAACUUUACAAAAAUAAGCAUCCUUUUAAGUCCUAUAUUUAUAAACUACAUCUAAGCGAGAGUUACACAAAAAUCUAACGGAACAAAAAAAAAAAAAAAACACUAGUUUUUAUACCUUUUAAACCAAAUUGCUAAGAAAGAAAAUUUAAAAUUUAUUAAGUAACAAAAAUACAAAACAAAAACAAUGUCCUCGAAUUAAUCCUCGAAUUAUAAAGAAAAUCAAACACAAAUUUAUAUUUAAACCACAAGAAAAACCCCCUAAAAUUGUAAACAUUAGUUUCACUCAUUCUUAUAAUUUUGUUGCAUUUCAUUUCAUGUCCAUUACAUUGCACCCAAAAAUUCAUACAAUUUAUUAUUUUUACAUUUUCGUUAUAAUUUUGUUUUAUAAACCUUUUAAUUUUUAUAUAGUUUUUUACUAAAUAUACACAAAUACUUACAUAAUUUAUAUUUCUUUUAUAAGAAAUCGAAUAAAACAAGAGUUCCAAAGUUUUAUUUAAACAA